AUGAACUUCACAUACCACUAUGGGGUUCACCAGCCUCUUGACUUGUGGAAUCACAGCUAUGGUCUACGUGGUGGGGGCAUGAACAGAUCCCUGGGAAAGGGUUACACUUCGGAAGGAUGCUACGAGCAACUUUUUGUCUCACCAGAAGUGUUUGUCACCCUCGGCUUUGUCAGCUUGUUGGAGAAUGUUCUGGUGAUCAUAGCCAUUGCCAAGAACAAGAAUCUGCAUUCGCCAAUGUAUUUUUUCAUUUGCAGCUUAGCUGUGGCAGAUUUGCUGGUGAGUGUCUCGAAUGGGUCAGAAACCAUCGUCAUCACUCUCCUGAACAACACAGAUGCGAAUACCCAUAGUUUCACUGUUAGCAUUGACAAUAUCAUUGACUCUGUGAUUUGUAGCUCCUUGCUGGCCUCCAUUUGUAGCCUGCUUUCCAUAGCUGUGGACAGGUACUUUACAAUCUUCUAUGCUCUCCAGUACCACAACAUCAUGACGGUCCGGCGUGUAGGUAUCAUCAUCACCUGCAUUUGGGCUGCUUGCACUGUUUCGGGCAUUCUGUUCAUUAUUUACUCAGACAGCAGUGUCGUCAUCAUUUGCCUCAUCAGCAUGUUCUUCACCAUGCUAGUCCUCAUGGCAUCUCUUUAUGUCCACAUGUUCAUGCUGGCCCGGCUGCAUAUUAAGAAAAUUGCCAUCCUCCCAGGCACUGGUCCAAUCCGUCAAGGGGCCAACAUGAAGGGGGCUAUCACUUUGACCAUCUUGAUUGGGGUUUUUGUGGUGUGCUGGGCCCCGCUGUUCCUCCACUUGCUUUUCUACAUCUCAUGCCCUCACAAUCCCUACUGCAUCUGCUUUAUGUCCCACUUUCACUUGUACCUCAUCCUCAUCAUGUGCAAUUCCAUUAUUGAUCCACUGAUUUAUGCAUUUCGGAGCCAAGAACUGAGGAAAACCUUCAAAGAGAUCAUGUGUUGUUUCAGCCUGCGAGAGCUAUGUGACUUCUCUGGCAAAUACUGAAUGGAAAUAGUGAAGCUCUUUUACAUAUGCACUUGUCAUAGAGGCUGACAUUUCCUCCAGUGCUGCUAAGACUCUGGGCUAAUAGGAAAGAACCUCUCUCUCUCUCUCUCUCUCUCUCUCCCCCUUUUUCUUUUCUUUUCUUUUUUACUGUGGCUGUUAAAUGUAUCUCUCCUCAUUUAUAUAUGUCAGGCACCAACUGUGAUUAUUUAAAUGUUAAACUGCUGCUCCUGGUCCUACUUAUUGUUAGAAAUAUCCCUAAAGAUUGUUAUUACAGGAAUAUGUCUCCACAUUUCCAAAACUGUGAUCUAUCCAGUAGAAUAAUGG